AUGUUUCUUUCAGAUGUGAAGAGUGAUUCAUGUUUGGAUAUAGAAAUAACGUCCUCAACAUCAAAAGAGCGACUGACAGCACAAACUCUUUCCUGCAUCACCUGUGGAAAGACAUUCAGCUCACAGAGACAUUUAGAGAGACAUGAAAGAAAACACACAGAACAGAAACUCUUCACCAGAUCUGAGAUCAGCUUUACUACCUUACAAGAGAAGAAACUUCAUUCAGAAGACCACAGAGAGAAGAAGAAGAAGAAGAAGAAGAAGAAGAAGAAGAAGAAGAAGAAGAAGAAGAAUCAGUUUCACUGUGAGCAGUGUGGGAAGAUUUUUGGCUCUUCCUCUGAUCUAAAUGUUCACAUGAGGACACACAGUGAUGAAAAGCCUUUCAACUGCACUGAAUGUGGAAAUUACUUCAGAACCAAACACAAUCUUAAAUUUCAUCAGAGAGUUCACACUCAAGAGAAACCUUAUCACUGUAGUGUCUGUGGGAGGAGUUUUAGUCAACAGACUUCAUUACUAAAUCACAAGAAAAUUCAUACAGGACAAAAACCUUUCCAAUGCUCUCAGUGUGACAAGAUGUUUGCUCAGUCAGGUUCCUUAAAAUCUCAUCAGAGAGUUCAUACUGGAAGGAAACCUCAUCCCUGUAGUGUCUGUGGGAAGAGUUUUAGUGUAAAGUAUACCUUACUAAGUCACAUGAGAAUUCAUACAGGUGAAAAACCUUUCAAAUGCUCUCAGUGUGACAUGGUGUUUACUUGUUCAAGUAACUUAAAAGUCCAUCAGAGAGUUCACACUGGAGAGAAACCUUAACUGUUAUGUUUGUGGGAAGAGUUAAUCAACCGUCAAAUGUUGUAAAGCACCAGUGACCUUAAUAAGGUUAUGGAACCAAAAACUUAAAGUUUUAAAUAUUGUUAAAAGUUAAUAGUAAAAUAAGAGCAAAUAAUCAAGUAUGAGCAAUAUCGCAGAUAAAUAGAACAGAACAAACAUACAAAUUAAAUAAAACAGUGCUGCUCAUGUUUUAAGAUUAAUUUAACAGUACUGUAUUAUGGAGGACGAAAAAUUACUUGAAGGUCCCAUAUUUUAAAGCUUUCUAGUUUUAUUUUAAGUUAUGAUAUCCUUAAAGGGAAAGUUUACACAAAAAUUAGAUUUCUGUCAUUUUUUACUCACUUUCAUGUUGUUAUAAACCUGUAUACAUUUCUUUGUUUCUGAUGAGGGAAGAUAUUUUAAGGAAAGUUUGAAGUAAAGACAUUUUUGAGCCACA